AUGUUCGUGACCAGAAAGAUACCUUUGGUUGGAGGAUCAGUUGUGGAUCUUGUCGGAGGCUCGGUUGUAGUCGGAGGCUCAGUUGUGGUUGUUGUAGUCGGAGGCUCAGUUGUGGUUGUUGUCGGAGGCUCAGUUGUGGUUGUUGUCGGAGGCUCAGUUGUGGUUGUAGUCGGAGGCUCAGUUGUGGUUGUAGUCAGAGGCUCAUUUGUGGUUGUUGUCGGAGACUCACUUGUGGUUGUUGUCGGAGGCUCAGUUGGGGUUGUAGUCGGAGGCUCAGUUGUGGUUGUUGUUGGAGGCUCAGUUGUGGUUGUUGUCGGAGGCUCAGUUGUGGUUGUUGUCGGAGGCUCAGUUGUGGUUGUUGUCGGAGGCUCAGUUGUGGUUGUUGUCGGAGGCACAGUUGUGGUUGUAGUCGGAGGUUCAGUUGUGGUUGUUGUCGGAGGCUCAGUUGUGGUUGUUGUCGGCGGCUCAGUUGUGGUUGUUGUUGGAACUGUGGUUGUUGUUGGAACUGUGGUUGUUGUUGGAACUGUGGUGGUUGUCUGGUGGUUGUUGUUGCAACUGUGGUGGUUGUUGUUGGAACUGUGGUGGUUGUUGUUGGAACUGUGGUGGUUGUUGGUUGAACCGUGGUGGUUGUUGUUGGAACUGUGGUGGUUGUCGUUGGAACUGUGGUUGUCGUUGGACCUGCGUUGUUGUUGGAACUGUGGUUAUCGUUGGACCUGUGGUGGUUGUUGGAACUUUGGUGGUUGUUGGAAAUGUGGUGGUUGUCGUUGGAACUGUGGUGGUUGUUGUUGGAACUGUGGUGGUUGUUGGUUGAACCGUGGUGGUUGUUGUUGGAACUGUGGUGGUUGUCGUUGGAACUGUGGUUGUCGUUGGACCUGCGUUGUUGUUGGAACUGUGGUUAUCGUUGGACCUGUGGUGGUUGUUGGAACUUUGGUGGUUGUUGGAAAUGUGGUGGUUGUCGUUGGAACUGUGGUGGUUGUUGUUGGAACUGUGGUGGUUGUUGUUGGAAAUGUGGUGGUUGUUGUUGGAAAUGUGGUGGUUGUUGUUGGAACUGUGGUGGUUGUUGGAACUGUGGUGGUUGUUGGAACUGUGGUGGUUGUUGUUGGAACUGUGGUGGUUGUUGGAACUGUGGUGGUUGUUGGAACUGUGGUGGUUGUUGGAACUGUGGUGGUUGUUGGAACUGUGGUGGUUGUUGGAACUGUGGUUGUUGUUGGAGCGGUGGUGGUUGUUGUUGGAGAGGUGGUGGUUGUUGUUGAAGUGGUGGUUGUGGUUGGAGCUGUGGUGGUUGUCGUUGGAGAGGUGGUGGUUGUGGUUGGAGCUGUGGUGGUUGUGGUUGGAGCUGUGGUGGUUGUCGUUGGAGAGGUGGUGGUUGUGGUUGGAGCUGUGGUGGUUGUUGUUGGACCACAGGUCCAACUACAAGCAGUGGUUGUUGGAACUUUGGUGGUGGUGGUUGGAGCUGUGGUGGUUGAAACUCCGGUGGUUGUUGUAACUCUGGUGGUUGUGGUUGGAGCAGUGGUGGUUACCGUUGGAACGUUGGUGGUUGUGGUUGGAAUUGUGGUAGGUGUAGCUGUGGUGGUUGUCGUUGGACCCGUGGUGGUGGUCGUUGGACCUGUGGUGGUGGUUGUGGUUGGAGCAGUGGCGGUUGUAGUAGGAGCUGCAGUGGUUGUGGUUGUAGCUGUGGUGGUUGUGGUUGUAGCUGUGGUGGUUGUGGUUGGACCUGUGGGGGUUGUAGCUGUGAUUGUUGUCGUUGGACCUGUUGUGGCUGGAGCAGUGGUAGUUGUGGUUGGACCUGUGGUGGUUGGAAAUGUGGUGGUUGUGGUUGGAAUUGUGGUAGUUGUAGCUGUGGUGGUUGUAACAGUGGUGACGGUUGUUGUUGGAGCUGCAGUGGUUGGAACUUUGGUGGUGGUGGUUGGAGCUGUAGUGGUUGAAACUGUGGUGGUUGUUGUAACUCUGGUGGUUGUGGUUGGAGCAGUGGUGGUUACCGUUGGAACUUUGGUGAUUGUGGUUGGAAUUGUGGUCGUUGUAGCUGUGGUGGUUGUCGUUGGACCCGUGGUGGUUGUCGUUGGACCCGUGGUGGUUGUUGUUGGACCUGUGGUGGUUGUCGUUGGACCUGUGGUUGUGGUUGGAGCAGUGGCGGUUGUGGUUGGAGCUGCAGUGGUUGUGUUUGGAGCUGUGGUGGUUGUCGUUGGGCCUGUGGUGGUUGUCGUUGGGCCUGUGGUUGUGGUUGUAGCUGUGGUGGUUGUGGUUGGACCCGUGGUGGUUGUGGUUGGACCUGUGGGGGUUGUAGCUGUGAUUGUUGUCGUUGGACCUGUUGUGGCUGGAGCAGUGGUAGUUGUGGUUGGACCUGUGGUGGUCGGAAAUGUGGUGGUUGUCGUUGGAAUUGUGGUAGUUGUAGCUGUGGUGGUUGUGGUUGGAACAGUGGUGGCGGUUGUUGUUGGAGCUGCAGUGGUUGGAACUUUGGUGGUUGUGGUUGGAAUUGUGGUGGUUGUGUUUGGUAGUUGGAAUUGUGUUGUAGCUGUUGUAGCUGUGGUGGUUGUCGUUGGACCUGUGGUGGUUGUGGUUGGUAGUUGGAAUUGUGUUGUAGCUGUGGUGGUUGGAGGAGUGAUGGUUGGGGUUGUAGCUGUGGUGGUUGUCGUUGGACCCAUGGUGGUUGUUAUUGGGCCUGUGGUGGUUGUUAUUGGGCCUGUGGUGGUGGUUGUGGUUGGAGCAGUGGCGUUUGUUGUUGGAGCUGCAGUGGUUGUGGUUGGAGCAGUGGUGGUUGUGGUUGUAGCUGAUGUGGUUGUCAUUGGACCUGUGGUUGGACCUGUGGUGGUUAUGGUUGGACCCGUGGUGGUUGUGGUUGGACCUGUGGGGGUUGUAGCUGUGAUUGUUGUUGUUGGACCUGUUGUGGCUGGAGCAGUGGUAGUUGUGGUUGGACCUGUGGUGGUUGUGGUUGGAAUUGUGGUAGUUGUAGCUGUGGUGGUUGUGGUUGGAACAGUGGUGGCGGUUGUUGUUGGAGCAGUGGUGGUGGUGGUUGUGGUUGGAAUUGUGGUAGUUGUAGCUGUGGUGGUUGUGGUUGGACCCGUGGUGGUUGUGGUUGGACCUGUGGGGGUUGUAGCUGUGAUUGUUGUCGUUGGACCUGUUGUGGCUGGAGCAGUGGUAGUUGUGGUUGGACCUGUGGUGGUCGGAAAUGUGGUGGUUGUCGUUGGAAUUGUGGUAGUUGUAGCUGUGGUGGUUGUGGUUGGAACAGUGGUGGCGGUUGUUGUUGGAGCUGCAGUGGUUGGAACUUUGGUGGUUGUGGUUGGAAUUGUGGUGGUUGUGUUUGGUAGUUGGAAUUGUGUUGUAGCUGUUGUAGCUGUGGUGGUUGUCGUUGGACCUGUGGUGGUUGUGGUUGGUAGUUGGAAUUGUGUUGUAGCUGUGGUGGUUGGAGGAGUGAUGGUUGGGGUUGUAGCUGUGGUGGUUGUCGUUGGACCCAUGGUGGUUGUUAUUGGGCCUGUGGUGGUUGUUAUUGGGCCUGUGGUGGUGGUUGUGGUUGGAGCAGUGGCGGUUGUUGUUGGAGCUGCAGUGGUUGUGGUUGGAGCAGUGGUGGUUGUGGUUGUAGCUGAUGUGGUUGUCAUUGGACCUGUGGUUGGACCUGUGGUGGUUAUGGUUGGACCCGUGGUGGUUGUGGUUGGACCUGUGGGGGUUGUAGCUGUGAUUGUUGUUGUUGGACCUGUUGUGGCUGGAGCAGUGGUAGUUGUGGUUGGACCUGUGGUGGUUGUGGUUGGAAUUGUGGUAGUUGUAGCUGUGGUGGUUGUGGUUGGAACAGUGGUGGCGGUUGUUGUUGGAGCAGUGGUGGUGGUGGUUGUGGUUGGAAUUGUGGUAGUUGUAGCUGUGGUGGUUGUGGUUGCACCUGUGGUGGUGGUUGUGGUUGGAGCAGUGGUGGUUGUCGUUGGAACUUUGGUUGUGGUUGGAAUUGUGGUAGUUGUAGCUGUGGUGGUUGUCGUUGGAAUUGUGGUAUUUGUAGCUGUGGUGGUUGUGGUUGGAGCAGUGGUGGUUGUGGUUGGAACGAUGGUGGUUGUGGUUGGACCCGUGGUGGUUGUGGUUGGAACUGCGGUGGUUGUGGUUGGAACUGCGGUGGUUGUGGUUGGAACUGCGGUGGUUGUGGUUGGAACUGCGGUGGUUGUGGUUGGAACGAUGGUGGUUGUGGUUGGACCCGUGGUGGUUGUGGUUGGAACUGCGGUGGUUGUGGUUGGAACUGUGGUUGGAACGAUGGUGGUUGUGGUUGGAACUGUGGUUGGAACGAUGGUGGUUGUGGUUGGAACGAUGGUGGUUGUGGUUGGAACGAUGGUGGUUGUCGUUGGACCAGUGGUGGUUUUGCUUGUGGUUGUAGCUGUGGUGGUUGUUGUCGGACCACAGGUCCAACGACAAUCUGUGGUCGUUGUUGGAGCGUUGGUGGUUGUUGUUGCAUACGCUGUAGUUGAUGAUUGUGCUGCAGAAGAAAAUAGCAUUUUUAUUUUGCGAGCAGAGGUAGAGUAG